AUGGUGCAGCAGAGGCUUGACCGCAGCAAGGGCGUUGUUGACAUGCGGUACGUCAAACAUGGUGUCGACUCGGGGUGCAGCGUGGCGAAGGGCAUGGCGAAGGGCAUGGUGACCAUGACCGCCGUCAGCGACCACAGCCUCAAGCGCCUGUCCGCAAUGCCCUACGCCUACCAAGGCGUAGAGGCGAAUUGCUUCCUGGUAUAG